AUGUCUGACAGCGAUCAAGUUGCAGGCAAGCGCAAGCGUGCGAGAACUCAAUCUUGCCCCCCACCUGAGUUGCCUCAGCUUGUUGCGGAGCAACAUGUCCCCAUUCCCUCCCAUGACAAGGACACCCAGCGCUUGAUUGUCAUUCUCUCCAAUGCUAGUCUGGAAACAUACCGCGCUUCUAGUGGUCGUGCUGGCGCUAAGGAUGAGAAGUACUCGCUGCUGAACAGUGAUGAGCAUAUUGGUAUCAUGCGCAAAAUGAACCGAGACAUCAGUGAAGCUCGACCGGAUAUCACUCACCAGUGUCUGCUUACCCUCUUGGAUUCCCCCGUCAACAAGGCCGGUCGCCUUCAAAUCUUCAUUCACACCGCCAAGGGCGUCUUGAUCGAAGUCAAUCCCUCCGUGCGCAUUCCUCGAACUUUCAAGCGUUUUGCUGGUUUGAUGGUUCAGCUGCUCCACCGACUCUCUAUCCGCUCCACCAACUCCCAAGAGAAGCUGUUGAAGGUGAUCAAGAACCCCAUCACUGAUCACCUGCCUCCCAACUGUCGCAAGGUGACCAUGAGUUUCGAUGCUCCUGUGGUGCGCACUAAGGACUACGUGGAAUCGCUGGGACCCAAGGAGAGCAUUGCUAUCUUUGUCGGUGCCAUGGCCAAGGGUCACGAUGACUUUGCCGACACUUUCAAGGAUGACACCAUCAGUAUUAGUAACUACAGUCUCUCCGCCAGUGUAGCCUGUAGUAAGUUCUGUCAUGCCGCUGAGGAGGUGUGGGACAUCCUUUGA